UGAAGACCGAUACAUGACGAUCCCUGAGGGAGCGGCGCUGACUCCGUUUUCUUGGACAGGACGCACUGCGGGGCCCGGAAGCCCUGUGUUGGCCCCGGGCCGCCUCUUGACGCGGGAUGAUGACCCCGGCGAGCGCCGGGGCCACGUCGGAGGGCGUCUUUGACCUGGACUACGCCUCCUGGCGCAUCCGCACGACGCUGGCCGUCGCCGGCUUUGCCUUCUACCUGGGCGUCUUCGUGGUCUGCCACCAGCUGUCGUCCUCCCUGAAUGCCACUUACCGUUCCCUGGUGUCCAGAGAGAAGGUCUUCUGGGACCUGGCGGCCACGCGUGCGGUCUUUGGCGUCCAGAGCACCGCCGCGGGCCUGUGGGCUCUGCUGGGGGACCCCGUGCUUCACGCGGACAAGGCGCAUGGCCAGCAGAACUGGUGCUGGUUUCACGUCACCACGGCCACCGGUUUCUUCUUCUUUGAAAACGCUGCGGUGCACCUGUCCAACCUGUCCUUCCGCACGUUCGACGUGUUUCUGGCCAUGCACCAUCUCUUCGCCUUCCUGGGCUUUCUCGGCUGUCUGGUCAACCUCAGGGCCGGCCACUACCUGGCCAUGACCACGCUGCUGCUGGAGAUGAGCACGCCCUUCACCUGCGCUUCCUGGAUGCUCCUGAAGGCCGGCUGGUCGGACUCUCUGCUUUGGAAGCUCAACCAGUGGCUGAUGAUCCACAUGUUCCACUGCCGCAUGGUCCUGACCUACCACAUGUGGUGGGUGUGUUUCUGGUACUGGGACGGCCUGGUCAGCAGCCUGUACCUGCCUCACUUUGCGCUCUUCCUCGUGGGGCUGGCUCUGCUCACGCUGAUCCUCAACCCGUACUGGACCCAUAAGAAGACCCAGCAGCUGCUCAAUCCCGUGGACUGGAACUUCGCACAGCCGGAAGCCAAGCGCAGUCGGCCGGAGAGGACCAACGGUCAGGUGCUGCAGAGGAAGAGGUCGUAGCCACACGAUGGCUCCCAGGCGCCGGUGGACAGGGGCACUCGGGCCCCGCCAGGUUCCCUGAAUGAUGGCUUUGGUGACGGAUGAGGUAGUGAGCGUUUUGUGUUUGGUUCUAAGUGAAGUACUAACUCUCAUUAGCAUUAAUUUUGAAGUAGCCACAAAGUGUUCUCAAGACCUUGAUUCUCCUGAUUCGCGGAUUUUUGCCGUAAUGAUUUCUCAACUGUUCUGGCAUCUUCCAGCCACGUCAGAUCAGGGUUAGCACCAGGGAGAGGCCACGGUGUCAGGCAUUGCAGGCUGUCCGGGGGACGGCUUUGUUUGAGUACUUGAAGUGGCUUUGUCUUGAAGGGCCACGUGGUGGGCGGAGUCGGCUCAGCAUGGACCUCCCAGUCACAUGCUCACGUCCUGCGUGUCUUACUCGGAGUCGCGUUCAUUUUAGUCGGAGAGAAUUGGCCUAAGAGAGAGGAUAACACGAUCUGUUGCCCUUGUUAGAAUCCCCUGUUGUAUGAAAUUUGAAAACCAGGUGUGCGGCGGCGCCAUCUGCUGGCAGAAGGGAUACAGGCACCGUCCCGGGAUCGUGACCCUCUUGGUGGGGCAGAGGUGCCGUGGGGUUUGCCUGCCCUGACAAGGUGUGAGGGGUGCAGGUGGAAUCUUGCAAGUUUUUUUAAUCACUGAACCUAUUUUAAAAUGAGAAUUUUUAAAUUCAUGUUGUGUUGCUCAAUUGACAAAAUAAGGUAGGUGUUUGGCAAUCAGAUUGUCUAGAUUUUAGAGCCAUUUUCAAUUGACGGAGUUGCCCAUAGGUGCUCAGACUAGACCCUAAUUCCUUGGUUGGUGUUUCUCUGUCGAUGUCAAACGAGGGAGUAGUGGGGUUUCCUUCGAGCUGUGGGGGGAACUGGACCCCUCAGAGAUGCUCGGCUGCAGGCUGGGGCCCUAGAAGGGCUCACAGCAGCCCUGCCCACCCACGGCCUGGGGAUGGGUCCCAGAGGACGUCGUUUUACUGUUUUGUGCCCAGGUGGAAUUCAUAUCCCAAUUUAGCAAUUUUAUUGACACACAGACACAAUUCUUUUUGCCAUGAAUGUGGAAUUCAAAGUCAAAGUUUAUUUUUUAUCAAAAGCACCAUUGGAGUGUUUGUGGAAAGCACAAGUUUGUUGCUCAUGGAAAUCGUGUGACACGCUCGUUACGUAUCCUGGAACUCUAGGAACAGUGUAUUUUGAUUAUCGGUGCUUUGACUUUAUUGAUGAUACUGAGGUCAAGGUAUGCAAUAACCUAUUUAUCUCAUUUUAAGAAAUGAUCUAAAUCUCACCGCACGCAGCAAACGGUGUCCCUACUAAGACUGAGGACUGGAAGCCGGGCCCUGGCGUCCGGCUCUCUGCCCCGUGCCUGUCCCACCGGUCGGCAGCAGGGUGUCCCCCAGCGGGCGGG